GCUCCUCCUGGAAAAUCUUGUGGAAUAGUGGUAUUUUCGUGCUCUUGGCGAAAAUACUCAUCUAUUCAUAGCCGUCAGCUAGCUUUUUUCCCCUUUAUUUUUCUUUUUUUUUUUWAACCGGUUCGUUCGCUGGAGGUAGGCAGGCUUAUCUCGGCAGUGUAUAUAAACUUAGUAGCGCAUUAUCAUGGAGCUCUGGAUGUUAAGGAACAUCUCCGAACGAGAAGCCGAGCAGCAGCCGGUUUCUGCWUCUAGCAGCUAACAUUAGCUUUCAUUUAGCACUUCCCCGGCUUUUUUCUUCUUUUUUUUUUUUAACCUCGACGACUUGGCUCGGGUAGCUUUCUGUGACUGCUGGGUUAUAUAUAUUUUUUGUCCAGUUAGCAGCCCUGCGGUGCCCCGACUUAUUUAUCAUUUUGAUAUCUUCGACAUGUCUGGGGUCUAAGUUUMCCUGUGAAGUUUUUAAACCAGGUGUUUUUGUUUUAAUCGAACAUGAAGUCCCCACUGGCUCCCGGUAUUCGACUAAUAACGAGUUUUUCUCGGGAUAGUUGGUAUCGUGGUUUCAUCCUCUUCCUCACGUUCCUCUUCUACACAGCCUACCAUCUGUCACGGAAACCCAUCAGCAUUGUUAAGAGUGAGCUGCACAGAAAUCGUUCUACGGUUAUUCGACCACCAGAUUUGAACGUAACCAACAAUGAAACCUGGUGUGACUGGGAGCCCUUCGACCAGGACAACUAUCAAACCCUCUUUGGAGUCCUGGAUAACUGCUUCCUGGUUGCCUACGCCAUCGGCAUGUUUUUUAGCGGUAUUUUUGGAGAACGCCUUCCUCUGCGGUACUACUUGAGCUUCGGGAUGCUGAUGAGCGGAUUGUUUACGUCUCUGUUUGGACUCGGCUUCUACUGGAACAUCCACUCUUUGUGGUACUACGCCUUCUUCCAGGUCAUGAACGGACUCAUGCAGACCACUGGGUGGCCAGCUGUGGUGGCUUGUGUCGGGAACUGGUUUGGAAAGGGGAAGCGUGGGUUCAUCAUGGGGGUGUGGAACUCCCACACCUCGGUGGGGAAUAUCUUGGGCUCUCUCAUCGCAGGAGUCUUCGUCUCCUCGGAGUGGGGAAUGUCCUUCAUCGUCCCCGGACUCAUCAUCGCCUCCACGGGGGUCCUGUGCUUCUUCUUCCUUGUUGAAAAACCUGAAGAUGUGAACUGCACUUCUCCUCAGCAUCACAGCGUUCAGGAAAACGGCGAGACGGAGCCUCUCCUGCGCAACUCGGUCAACGGGAACCACGUGAUGAACGGCGGCAUCACCACGCAGCUUCCAGAGGAGGUGGAGGAGCAUCCCGAGGCCAUUAGUUUCUGUGGGGCUCUCCGUAUACCUGGAGUGGUGGAGUUCUCACUCUGUCUGCUUUUUGCCAAACUGGUCAGCUACACGUUCCUAUACUGGCUUCCUCUUUACAUCUCAAACGUCGCACAUUUUAAGGCGAAAGAAGCAGGAGACAUGUCAACGUUAUUUGAUGUCGGGGGAAUCCUUUUUCUUUAUAACUACAUCGGACAAAGGAGCCUUGGCAUUACAAUUGGGAUGUUGUUGCUYUGUGGAGGCCUGGUGAAUGGACCCUACGCUCUGAUCACAACAGCUGUAUCUGCUGACCUGGGAACACACGAGAGUCUGAGAGGAAACUCCAGGGCUUUAUCAACAGUGACUGCCAUCAUCGACGGGACCGGAUCUAUAGGCGCGGCGUUGGGACCUCUGUUAGCCGGUUUGAUUUCUCCAACUGGCUGGAACAACGUCUUCUACAUGCUCAUCUCUGCUGACGUCUUAGCCUGCCUGUUUUUGACCAGACUCGUCUACAAAGAGAUUAAAGGCUGGUGUGGAAGUUCUCCUCAAUCCAGAGGGUUUAAAGAAAUAUGAAACACAAAAACCAAACGAGCUGCAAACAAAACCACUCAGUGGGGAAACGACAGAAACGGACCUCAUCUCACCGUUUGGUGAGUCGAAGAUUCAAGGCACUGAGCCGACGAUUGAAGCCUUCUUUUAGUAAAACAAGACAAAUCUAUCUUUAUUAAGACAGAUUUUAUAACUAAUCAACUGUUUAUUACGUUGAUUUAAAACUUUUUUAACUUUGAAGUGUAAAUAACUAACCAGAAGAAUUCUACAAAAACACUCAAGUUUGCUGUAAAAUAGAUUAUAUAAAAAACUAAUAUGUUGUAAACUCUUUAAUUGUCAUCUGUACCAAAAACAUAAAAUCAUGUCAAUGUUUUGGACCAGAAGGGGGCGCAUGUUGUUCAUUUUUAACUGACAAGAAUGAAAUUAACCCUCUUCAAUCAGCUUUGAUCAGAAACCUUYAAACAAUAAACAUAAUUAAAAUGUACAUUAUGAGCAAUUAUACCUCAUCUUGUAAAUUAAUGUAUUUUAUUAGAGAAAGAAUGAUGUAAAAAUAAAUGUAAAUGUCAAAUAUUGUUCAUUAAACCCUAAAAUGAACAUAAAUUUGCCUAAAACACAUAAAAGGUUUUGUCUUUUUGCUCUGACUUUCAAAGUUAGUGGAAUAAAAUUAAAUUUACUAACUCC